ACAGCGUUGGACAAAUAUGUAGACAGAGGAGACGACUGCAGCGACCGACUGGCUGUUGGAGAACAUAACUGCAAAACAUUGCUGGAAGGAAUAUCCCCACAUUUUGUUAAAUAUUUAACAGCCUCGUAGAUUUCGGCUUCAGUCAUAAAGAUCAAGAGCCAUGGAGGACUCGUGGCGGGGCAGAUGUGAUAGCCUGGAAGCUGGUUUGGGGUUCGACAGGGAGGCGCUGACCCCUGGCGACCACAUGACCCUUGACCCCGAGGGCCCUGACCCCGUAAUCAGCCUGGAGCCCACUCCGGCUGAGGUGGCCCAGUGCGAGGCUGAGGUGGGGACCCUGCUCAGCAUCAUCGCUGAGCUGAACAAGAAGAUGGGCUCACUGAAGGCUCCAAGCGAUCCAGGUGACACGAGGUCACCGGCUCUGUCCAGGCCGCUGGUCCCAGACCUGCUGUCCCACCGGCUGGUCAGGACCAGUCCAGAGAGGAACAAGCCGCCCAAAGUCACGUCCAAACCUCCGAUUUCUGACAGAGGGGGCGCUGGCAUCGCCUGGACCAAACUGCAGGAGGUCUUAUCGUCGCUGGAGGACUCCAUCAGCUGCAGGAGAACCUGGGCUGCUCCCAUCACCGCCUCUGACCAGGACCGGCACAGAGAUCACCUGAGGGCCGCCCACGAGAACUGGACCAAGUCCACCCAGAUUCUGGAUGAGAUGGAGAAAGAGUUUGGGAUUUCAUGUCCCCUGAGCGUGCCGAAGGACCAGAACCCGGAGGACGUCCUGGAUGCAGACAAGCAGGAGUCUGGUUUCCACAACAUGCUGCAGAGUCACCAGGAGGAGCUGCAGAGAGCACAGAACACCAUCGGCUCACCUGAGGAGGAGAGGAAGAAGCUGGUUGGACUCCACAAGAACUGGAGGUCUGGGAGUCUCUCUCCGUCCUACCGGUCCACCGGCGGGCCUCUCAGUCCGGACUGGGCCUCUCCUCCGUAUCCCGGCUCGCCGUUGCUCCACAGAAGGAAGAGCAGAGCUGUCACCCCUCUUCCUGGUGGUGUGGACGGCUCUCCUCUGGGCUCCGUCACCUCGGGGAGUCCAUGUCCCAGCCCCAUCGGCCUGGAGCCGGAGACGGAGCGACUGAACCGAUACAUUGAGAGGCUUAAAGCCAAAAACGAACGUCUGACUGCAGCUCUGGAGCGGAAGAGGAGCGAGUCGGAGCAGAUCAACGUCGCUCUAGCCAGACUUGAGUCUGACUUUUCGGCCCUGCAGACGGCUCUCAAAUACUGUGAGGAGUGCGAGCAGGCGUACAGCGAGCUACUGUCGCUCUGUGAUGCCAGGAGGCAGCAGAACUCUCCUCUGCAGACAGAGUCAGCAGAUAGCGACGGGCAGCAGGAAGACAGUCCUUCAGACCAGCUCAGGAAGAUGGGAACUGAAGAGCUGUCCACGUCCUUCUCCAGCGCCGGGGUCACGGAGGAGACGCUAACGCACACGAGUCACACGGGUCAGAGGGCAGCCGAACCGGCGGAUCGGGAAACAGUUCUCCGGCAACUAAUCGAGCGUCUGAAGAGAGACCGGGCAGCUGUCUGUCUGCCCAGGCCCGGACCGGAGGGCAAACCCAGCUCUGACGCCGGCCAGCCAGCCGGAACCAGAUCGGGACACGUGACCAGAGACGGCAGCAAACCUCCUGAUACGAAGAGGGAGAAAGCCUCCUUGUUUUACGAACUUAUUUCAGUCAGGGAGGAGAUGUCGGAUCUGCGAGGUCUGAUCCGCCUCAAGGAGAAAGAGCUGAGGUGUCUGGAGUGGGGGUUAAUGAGCCAGAAGGCCCAGGAAGCGGCCGGCGUUUUCAUCCCGGAGAAUCUCAGGGAAGAGGUGGAAGAUCGGAAGAUGGAGCAACAGGGUCUCUGUGACAAUGCAACCAAAGCCGUCGGUGACGGGGACGUGGCCAGUCCUCUGACCAGACCCAUCCUGAAGGAGCUGCAGGUCGUCCUCCAGAGGGAGCACGCCCUGAAGAAGAGGCUGGCCCUGGUGCACGACUCCCUGGGCACAAAUGUCAAGGACGGCGGGUCACACAGGAAAGAAGGCGGCGAGCAGAUCGCUCGCCUCACACAAGCUCACAGUAAAGCCUUGAGCUCGUAUCGGCAGAUCUGCAGGAAAUAUCGGGAGCAGGUGUGGAGGCUGGAGCAGAAGGUGGCGACCAUGAUGGAGAGCCAGCAGAACCAGAGCGGUGCAACCAGGGAAGCUGGAGAAGCCUCGGAGUGGAGGAAGGAGGAGACCGUCUUAUGAGACCCUCCGGCCCUCCAUCUUGUCAGACUAUUCAUACCAACAACAGCAUAUAUGCAAAUAAGAUCAAUAUAUAACGUUCUUUCAAAA